UCUCUGAUGGCUCCUCGCUGCCCGCUGUCGAGCUGCCAAGGAAACGGAAGGGAGAUAUGGAGGAGAGGCUUAGCAUGGACUGUAAGAUGGAAGAUGACCUCAGCAGAUCUGAAGAAGAGGAUCAGCAAGUCAAAAUAAAAUGCUUCAGGGAACCUCACCGACAGAUAGAGAAGCGGCGUAGGGACAAAAUGAACAACCUGAUAGACGAGCUGUCGGCCAUGAUCCCCGCCUGUCAGCCCAUGGCGCAGAAGCCGGACAAACUGACCGUGCUGCGGAAAGCUGUGCAACAUCUGAAAGCCCUCAAAGUCGGGACCAGCAGCGCAUUUGCGGACUCGACCAACAAGCCCUCCAUCCUGCCCCAGGACGACCUCAGGCAACUGCUGCUCAGGGCUGCGGACGGCUUCAUGUUAGUAGUAAGCUGUGACCGGGCUAAAAUCCUCUUCAUCUCCGAGUCUGUCGCCAAGAUCCUCAACUUCAGCCUGUUGGAGCUGACUGGGCAGAGCUUGUUUGAUUUCAUUCAUCCCAAAGACAUCAACAAGGUGAAGGAACAGCUGUCAUCUUGGGAGUAUCCAAAGGAACCCAUGAUCGAUGCUGCCACUGGGCUUCAGGUCCAGACGGAUGCCCCCGUCAGGCCGACCCACUUGUCCUCUGGAGCUUGGAGAUCCUUCUUCUUCCGGAUGAAGCACAGCCGGGUGGCGGGGAAGCAGGAGGAAAAGCACCAGCUGCCCUGUGCUGCUAAAAAGAAAGACACCUCCAGAUACUGCACCCUGCACUGCACUGGAUACAUGCGGAGCUGUCCGUGCAGCCAGCUGGAUUCAGAGGGGGACGCUGAGACCCCCAGCCUGAGCUGCCUGGUGAUGCUGUGCCGCCCCCUCCCCCACGGCUCCCCCCAGCCUCCCAAAGACAUCAACGCCAAGCCCUCUGCGUUCGUUACCCGCUGUGCCAUCGACGGGAAGUUCACUUUUGUAGAACAACAAGCCACCACAGUCAUCGGUUAUCUGCCGCAGGAAGUUCUCGGCACGUCGUGUUACGAGUACUUCCACCAGGACGACCUGCAGCACCUCGCAGAGAAACACAGGCAAGUCCUUCGAAGCAAAGAGAAGAUUGAGACGCUGUGCUACAAGUUCAAAACCAAAUACGGCUCCUAUGUUUCCCUCCAGAGUCAGUGGUUUAGUUUCACAAACCCAUGGACUAAAGAAGUUGAGUUUAUCGUGUCUUCAAACAGGGUUAUGUCCAGGGGGCCCGGCCACAUAAAAGAUGAGAAGUCAGGCCGCCUGAAAGCUAUGCAAGAGGAGACAAAGCAAAUACCCAUAAUUCCCAGCCUUUCCAAUGGUGUGGGCACGAUGAUCUACGCAGGCAGCAUAGGGACCCAAAUUGCAAAUGAACUCCUCGACUCAUACAGCAGGGUUAACUCCUCUCCAUCCAGCGGAGCUUCCAGUCCGUUUGGCUCGACCAAUGAGAAAUGUCCCCUGGUGUCUCCACCAAUCAGCACCAGUGCGUCCAGCGGAGGGGGGGCAGCAAGCAGCUCAUCACAGUCUGACUCCAGGACAGCAGCUGGCGCCAGCUGUGCGACUGCUGACAGUUCAGGCCAGGUGUCCCAGCUGGAACUGGAUGGCAUGGUGGUGCCGGCGCUGAGCAGCUUCAGCAGCGACGAGGCAGCAAUGGCCGUCAUCAUGAGUCUGCUGGAGACGGAGGUAAACGUGGGUCAACCGGGGGACUACGAGGACUUACACUGGCCUUUCUAAAGAGUGCACAGACUUUAAACUCUUACCAGCUGGGGGCCGUUUCCUGCUGGGAGCACUCAGCGGAUGUUUUAUUCUGCGUCUGACUCGGAUGACUACAGCUGACCUGCUGGAAUUCUACCAAAGACUCCACCAUGUACUAACAAGAUUGAAUGGGAUUUAUUGUUACUGUAAUUACCUUGUUGGCCCCCUUUGUCUCUCACCUGGUUGUGAGGUUCAAGUGUCCCGGAGCUUGUUGGGAUUUAGUGUAUUCAGGGACAUAUCGCCGUCCUCAGAAGGGUUCGAGCCCAAUGAGUGAGGAUUGUCUGGAGGAGGAUCCCACUCCGCUGUGUGCAGUGCUGCUAGAGAAACUCCUCUAAUGCACGUGUCCUUUUUGAAGUAUCUGUUUUCAUAUGAAAUGUGCACUUAAGGGUCAUGCCUUACUGUGUUCGCAUAUCACAUUAAUCCACUGAACUCCUGGGAAAAUAUGAAAAGGCCAUCGUCUCAACAAGGACAUUCUAACAUGUUUUAGACCAGAGGUUAUUACCAUCUUUUAUACCCUCUCUUCUAACCCGUAAACCUUUUGAAACAACCCAACACUGCACUGAGUAUGAACAAACUGUUUAUCUCCAAAUGUCCAAUCACCACAACAUCCUCUAAAAGGAAAUGAAAGUUUAGCCCACUUUCCGUCAGCUCUCCAGCUAUUCUGGAUCAGAUGUUGGUGUUCUUUUUUUCUUAUGACCUAUUUUCAAAAUAACCCGCUUAAUGCCAUUCAUCAGGAGAGGGCAUGCUAAAGGAAAUAACAUUUGAUUUGAUCCCAGAAUAACCCCUGGAGUGAAUGAGUUUGGAUUUCACUUGCCUUCAUACUGCACCUGUAAAUUGUUGGUAUAUCACUGGUUCCUCUAAUAUUGAAAGCAAAUUAUGAUUUGUGUUUCCUUGAACAAAUGAUUACCCUGACAAAUGUCAAUUGUAAAUCAACCUUUAUUGGGCUUUAUAAUUAAAUCUGUUGGAAAAUAUUUGCUGUUGCCACCAGGGUCAUUUAUUGAACACGCCCUGCUGUCACAGGACAACAUGAUGGUUGUAUGUGCAAAGUGUGGUUGAUGUAUCUGCUGUAAUAAGGAAUGAAGGUAUUUGAAAGUAAAGUUUUUUUUUU